AUGGGUCAGCAACAAGUUCAGACACCUAUUUCAUUGAAACGGGAACCUAUCUUGUGUAUGCGCUCUGUGAAUGGAUCUGUUGGGACAGAACCUACACGAUACAAGGCAACCAAAGAAGCCAAGUUUGAUUUAUUGGCAGAAAAAUGGAGACAAGUUGAACUUGUGUUAACUAGUACUUGCAUCUCUACAUUUUCAGCUUCGACGUUAUUUUGGCCUAAAUAUAGGCUAGAGCAUCGUGUUUAUUUGACAGGACCUAAAAGACCAAGGCAAUUGGAACUCUUUCUUAUGUCGCCUUUGGACUAUACGUUUGGCUUACGUUAUAUAUCAGCUAUGAAGAGCGUUCCAAUGGCAGUAACACUUACAUUCAAAGCCAGGUCAUUUCUGAAAUGUCAAGAAUGGUAUAUGCAACUGUAUAACAUGUUGCCUCUCGAAUGCAAGCGCCCUCCUCCACAAUGGUGUGAAGUAUAUAUACCCAUGCUAGACUUGACUGUCAAUUUGCCACUAGCACAUCUUCAAGACAGUAGUAGCAUCACAUUAGAAGAAGCAAAAGAGGCCGUUGUCGAUAUCUUGAAAGAAGAGCAAGAGGAAUCACUUGAAAAAAUAACGGCCAAGAGCUCACAAGCAUUAGAUGAUUUUGGUUUCUGCUGGACCACAGGUGAUCGUGCUGAAUGGAUCUACUGGACUCACUCAGCUACACAUCAGCCCAUGAACAGCGUCAUUUGUCCACAAAACAUCGAAAAGACACACCGUCUUGAACUUCGACCUAUUGAACAUACACCCAACCAUAUUGUUUUGCCAGACAACUUUGUCUUAAAAGAGCCUCCACCUGUAGAAGGGAUCCAACAAGACCAAAAAGAACCGCAAGAUGAGAUAUUUUGCUUCCUUUGA